CCAGGUUGCCAACGAGGCAGGCUCUGAUACUCAUGCGCAAACACGUCCACCACGCACCUAGGUACGGCGCAUGCGUUCUCCCAAAGCCGUCUCCUCGGCGUCUCCCUUCGAGUUUCCAGUUCCGGCCUCACAGGGGCGGAGGGAAGUCAGGAAAUAUGCGGCUGUCCGUCGCCGCCGCCAUCUCCCAUGGCCGUGUAUUCCGCCGUCUGGGCCUUGGUCCGGAGUCCCGCAUCCACCUGUUGCGGAACUUGCUUACCGGCCUGGUGCGACACGAACGCAUCGAGGCGUCAUGGGCGCGCGUGGACGAAAUGAGGGGCUACGCCGAGAAGCUCAUCGACUAUGGAAAGCUGGGAGACACCAACGAACAAGCCAUGCGCAUGGCUGACUUCUGGCUUACGGAGAAAGACUUGAUCCCAAAGUUGUUUCAAGUACUGGCCCCUCGGUACCAAGGUCAGAAUGGGGGCUACACGAGAAUGCUGCAGAUCCCAAAUCGGAGUAAGCAGGAUCGGGCCAAGAUGGCAGUGAUCGAGUAUAAAGGGAACUGCCUCCCACCCCUGCCCCUGCCUCGCAGAGACAGCAACCUUACACUUCUAAACCAGCUGCUUCAAGGGUUGCGGCAGGACCAGAAAGCAAGCAUCCACGGCUCCCACACAGCUCAAACACCAGGGAUUUGACUGGAGCCAGAGGGUGUGUGGCCCGCUCAUCAAUGCCCAUGAUCACAGGUCUUUGGAGCUCUUUUAAUCUCUAAGAAGAACUGGAGCUAGAGUUGUUAAUGGACAGUUUUAAUGGAGACAAGAAGCUUCUGGGGAGCCAGAUAAUCAUCUCUUUGCAGUAGAUAAAUUUUUUUGUAUGAAUAUAUGUAUGUAUAUGGGUGUUUUUUUUUUCUACCCUUGGGAUUUCUGGAGAAUGAGAACUAUCCAAAUGCUCAGUCUCCGUGGGUUAGUAAAUUCACUGCUUAUGUUUCUGGCUCUUA